AUGGAGGGGUAUGUGGCAUAUUGGUUGGCUGAGAUGUAUCCAGAGUUGGUGGAGAAAGUUGUGGUUGUGAGUUGUGGGGUUGGGAUGACAGAGGAGCAGAAAAGAGAGCAGAUCAAUAAGGUUGGAAGCAAUGCAUUGAAUCUCCUCGUACCUGAAAGUGCUCAUGAUCUGAGGCUCUUGGUGAAUCUGACAAUGCACAAACCUGGCCCUUCUAAGUGGGUCCCUGAUAUUUUCCUUCAUGGGUUCAUCAACGUGACCUAUAAACAACACAGGAAGGAGAAAUUAGAGCUGGCAGAGCACUUGCUGAGGAAAAAAGCAGAUAUAGACCUUCCCAUUCUAACUCAGGAAACACUGAUAAUUUGGGGAGACAAGGAUGAUGUCUUCCCUGUGUACUUGGCCUAUCAGCUGCAAAGGCAGUUGGGGCCAAAAUCAAAGGUGGAGAUAAUCAAGGACACAGGUCAUGCAGUAAACAUGGAUUCACCCAUUUCCCUGAAUGCUCUGAUAACUUCAUUUGUUUUGGGUUACUCUUAG